AGCUCUUUUGUUUUCCUCAUCAUUCCUAGUCAUCCCCUAGUUGCUUGUUUAAAAAGAAAAUAGGUUACAACUAAAUCCUGUGUAUAGCAUAUGAAAAUGACUUCUUUACACCUACCACAAAAUCUCUUACUGCCAUAUUCAAAUAGAAAGUAGUCAAUAGUGUCUGUUUUGUCUUGAGAAAGAAGGAUGACAUGUUGAAAACAGAGACACACAGAGAGAGAGAGAGAGAGAGAGAGAGAGAGAGAGAGAACUAAGUGGGUAUUGGGGCUUGCUCAUCUGCUGCAUAACAGCUAGUUUAGCAUCUUCAACUAUUGCAUAUAUAUACACAUUUUUCUGUUGAAAUAAGGGCUGUUCUGUUUAGACUUAUUGUUUUACCAGCAAGAGAUUUUGAGAAUGCAAAUUAUGAAGAAGCUAGUAGUAUACUCCACCACCACCACCACCACUCAUGCAAACUUCAUUCUUCUUUUCCUCCCAUUUGUAGGCUGCUCAUCACAUGAUCAUCUCAACAAAGCCACCAAUCACAAGGUGGUGAGCCAUCAGAAGACAUUUGACAUCACAGUUCAUGGAGUUCUGUUGUGGGCAUCAAUGGGAUUGUUGAUGCCACUUGGGAUACUUACAAUUAGACUGUCCCACAGAGAGGAAUGCAGAAGAUGGUUCAGAGGACUCUUCUAUUUCCAUGCCAUUUUGCAGACACUUUCAUUGCUUCUAGCCACAGCUGGGGCAAUACUAUCCAUAAGAAGUUUUGAGAAUGCAUUCAACAACAAUCACCAAAGAAUAGGUUUAGCUCUUUAUGGUGCCAUUUGGUUGCAAGCCUUGAUUGCAUUUCGUAGGCCUCGACGGGGAAGUAAAGGUAGAAGUGUAUGGUACUUUGUGCAUUGGGCACUCGGAACAACAAUCUCUCUAUUGGGAAUUUUCAACAUUUACACCGGGUUACAAGCCUACCAUAAGAGAACAUCAAGAAGUAUUAGGGUUUGGACCAUCCUUUUCACAACUCAAAUAUUCUUCAUUGUGUUCUUCUACCUCUUCCAAGACAAAUGGGAGUACAUACAAAGGCAAGGAGUUAUUUUAGGCAAUGAGACAAUCAUAACACCCUCUAAUGACCAAGUGAUUCCUCAAAGGGACAACCGAAUGUCGAAUGAAUUGUGUAGGAAAACCAAUUCCCUUGGGAAUUAUUUUGCCAAAAGCAAUGCGCUCAAGAAAUUAUUUCAACUAACAUGAGAUACUAUUGGCUUUUCUCAGCUCACCUUUUUUAUUUUUUAUUUUUUAUUUUUUACCUAUACGUAAUACUAUUUAUGCUCCACUUUUUUUGUAUUUGUGUGUUGCAUCAAUAAAGGUCUUUUUCAAUUA